AUGUAUAGAAUAAUUAAACCUAAAAAAAUUAUUAAAUCUAUCAUAUAUCUACUUUUAAUCUACUUCAUUAUACAAUAUCUCUUUGAUAUCAAUAUUUCAAACUACAAUGGAAUUUAUUCUAUCGAUAUCAAUGCAACAAUACAUGCUUUACAACAAGCAAAAAGUCGAGAAACUGAUGUUGAAAAUAAAUAUCAAUUAACUGCUAUUAUUCUUCAUUGGAAACGUUUAUCAGGAACUAGACGAUUAAUUCAAUAUUAUCUCAAUACGCAUCUUUUCAAGCAAAUUAUUAUUUGGAAUAAUAAUCCAGAAAUAACACUCACGAUCGAUCAACUUCUCGUCAAUAGCACAUCUAUCAAUCUCAUUCAUACUAUUAACUUUCAUGAAAAUUUAAAAGAUGAAGCUAAGUAUCGUGCAUGUGCACGAGCUCAAACACCUGCUUGUUUUUAUGCUGAUGAUGAGUGGGAUACGUCUGGCUAUAUAAAAAGUCUAAUAUCUAGUUUUCAAUCAGAUCCUAAUGUUUUACAUUCAGCAACAAGUGUAUCUACUUACUAUAACAAUAUGUUAUGGACAUUCAUGGAUUCUCAAAUCGAUUUACAUACAGGAUUCUCAUGGAAUACUUUUGGAAGUAUAUUUUUACGUGAACAUGCUCUACGACAUCUUCAUUUACUUCAGAUGCACUUUCCAAAUCAACAAAAAUUAUUUGCAGUAAGUGAUUUAUUUUUUCCUAUUUGGCUUAAUGAUAUUCCAUCACAAAUGAUAGUCAAUCUUCGUAUGUUACCAACAUCUCCGAAUGAGACUGGUAACUCAUUUUUACCAGAAAAAGAAUCUGAUGAUUUACAACAGACAAGUACAAUACUUGCUAUUCGUAAACUCGAAUAUUCAUUACGUUUGAAUCAAUCAAAUACAAAUAUUGAUUUUCCUCGUUAUCAACAUCGUCAAUUUCCAUAUUAUGUUAAAUCAUCAAGUUUAAAUGAUGAUUUCAUAUUCUAUACAAAUAUUCUACCUAUUGAUAUUGAACAUAUAGCGUUUAGUAUUGAAAAAGAUGCAGAACGAGCGACAUAUCGAAAUAUUCCUUCUGGAUCUGAUUACACCCAUUUUACCGGACAUAAUACAUUGCAAGCGAUUGAUGGUAAUGAAGAUACAUGUUGGCAUCCAAACAAACGUAUAAAGAGUGGAGAUUUUUUUGCUAUUGAUUUCUUGCGCAUACAAAGUAAUAUACUCGUUACAUUUGUCCUUCAACAUACUAAAAAAUUACAAAAUAAACUUGAUAUGCGUUUAUCAUUUGAUGGUAUAUCGUGGAUAUCAUAUCGAUCACGAAAAGGAAUUUUAACGUCUACUGGUAGUGUCACUGCUGGAGGUUCUCAUCGAUUAAUCAUUGAUUCAAGACAAUUUCCUUCUGAACUUCAAUCAUUUCGUUAUAUUUCAUUCAAUGCAACUCAUGAUUUCGAUGAAGUAUUUCAAGUAUGUGACGUACAAAUAAUAAAAAGUUCUAUAGUUAUUAUUAAAUAA